GCAGUCGCCGUUGGCAUCGCAGUCGCAGUCGCAGUCGCAGUGGCAGUUGGCAGUUGGCGCGUCGAGCAAAUUGCCAAUUUAAAUUGGCCGCGUUAAAUUAGUCGAGUUAUCAGCCUCCACGGCGGCAGAUAUCGAGCAUUGACUUAAGACCACAGAGCUAAUCAGCUUAAAGCCAAUAAGUGUUAUACUGACGAAGUAAAUCGAUUCGUAGACCAAUCACUAUCGAAUCAUACGAGUACAUAAUCCGUCACAAUUGCAACCGAACACAACAAAUUUAUAGCCGCAAUUAAAUCCUUGGCCAUAAAUCAGGGAAUAUGGCCGGGGUAAUCAAAGUGUUUAACCAUCGCGCAGCAAACGAAUUCAGAUAAAAAUAGAGCGGGCAACGAAUACGAAUAAUAGAUUGACCAGUAUCAAAGAUAUUAAAUAGACGGAUACAGAUUCCUGGAUCCAGUGCAAUAUGGCCUGCUUUCCCCGACUUUUCCAUCAUCGCAGCAAAAACAAAUUCACUCCCGCCAAAGAUGAGAACACCGAUACGAUACUCAACACACAAGAUAGUCCCGUGCAAAUUGGCCAGUACAUCCGUCGCGAGGAGAAGCCACUGUACUCGCCCAUCGUCACUCCGAGUGCCAGUGAGGCCAAACUUCAGCGCCUCAGGCAGCAGCCGCCCGGCUCGCCGCCCGCCCCCGCCAGGUGUACCCUGCAGUCGGUGGCCGAAAGAGGCAGCGCACACAAUGGCGUCCAGGAGCUGAAGUUCCUCUCCAAGAAGGACAAGCUGCAGACGCAGGAUGUGUCCUCUUCCGGCGGCAGUGCAAUUAAUGUCACACGCUCAAGUUCGAAAUUAAAACCAGUCAAAGAGCGUCGGCCCACCGCCUUGCCCACCGAGGUGCCCAGCAUCGAGAUCGAGGAUGAGCAGGCUGCGCUAGAUGCAGAGGACGCAGGGGAUGGCCAGGAUUCGCUGGAGGAGGGGGUGGCGCUGCAGCCGGGUGCUAAUGCACAUGUCGAUGUCGUCGAUGUCGUCGAUGGCGGCAAGUCAAAACUCAAAGUGAAUGUGAAUGGCAUAAUUGAUGAGGGCGUCGCCCACGACGACGACGAUGUUGCCACACCCUCGAGCACCUCCACAGCCACAACACCUGUGACCGAGGGUCCUGUAAAGUUCUUCAUUGGUCACACGCAGGAACUAGGCGCCCAGCAAACGGAUGACACCUUGUCCUGGCAGAGCAGCGAUGCCAACAACAACAGCAGCCACGCCGCCAAACUGACAAAUGGCGUCCUGCCACAGGAGCAACAGGAACAGGGCAGGGAACAGGACUCCAGGGGGAGCCUGCAAGCACCACUCCAGGCUCCGCCCCGCGCCAAGAGCUCCAGCAACGUGUCACUCAAUUAUCCGGCCAAGAGCCAGACGGACAGCCAGCACCGCCGACGUGUGUCCACGAUGCCCGAUAUUAACAUACCGCCGGCACCGCCGUUGCCUCCGGAACUCCUCGUCCCCGGAACGCCGCUCCAUCUGCGCAAGAAGCGGAGCGUGGAGCGACCGCAGCAGGAGCAGCAGCUGGAGAACCAGCAGGAUGCUUCGAAUAGUCAAGAUCAAAUAGCAGGAAGAGAGAAGUCCAGCGAUUCUUCGACACCAAAAACACAUCGCGUGGAAGGUGGCCUCAUCUAUGUCCGUCCCAAUUUUCCCAUUCAGGGUGACAUUGAAAUCGAAUCUAUUGCAAAGGACGAAGGCACACGCAAUCUCAUACGAACGGCCAUUGAGCGCAAUGAUUUCCUCAAUAAUCUAAUGGACAAGGAGCGCAAGGAGAUGGUUAUCAAUGCAAUGGCCCCGGCCAGCUACAGGAAGCACAGCCUCAUCAUCCGGGAGCACGAGGAGGGCUCCGAGAUAUAUGUCUCCGCCGAGGGCCAGUACGAUGUCAUCCGUGGGGGCCAACUGGUGGCCAGCUUUGGACCAGCCACCGUGUUCGGUGAACUGGCCAUCCUCUACAAUGCUCCGCGCCAGGCGUCCGUAGAGGCUGCCACCGAUGCACGGGUUUGGAAAAUCGCACGCGAAACCUUCAGGGCCAUCAUGCAAAUCUCUGGGUCCAGGGAACGCGAGGAGAACCUCCAGUUCUUGCGCUCCGCUCCUUUCCUGCAGGAGUUCGACCAAAGUUUGCUGCUCAAAGUCGUGGAUCUUCUGCAGAGGAAAUUCUACGAGACCGACAGCUGCAUUGUCCGCGAAGGUGAGCUGGGCAACGAGUUCUACAUCAUCCGGUGCGGCACUGUGACCAUUAAGAAGCGGGACAACCAGCAGCAGGAGCAGAUUGUGGCCAACCGAAAGCGCGGUGACUACUUCGGGGAGCAGGCCCUGCUCAAUGCGGAUGUGCGUCAGGCCAGUGUCUAUGCGGAUGCCCCGGGCACCGAGGUCCUCAUGCUGGACAGAGAAGCCUUCAUUAGCUAUUUGGGAACCAUAAAGCAGCUGCGCGAGAAGCCCAGUGGUCAGCGCGGGGAUACGAGUGGCCGGUCCAGCAGCAAGUCCCUGGAGUUCGACAACGAGUACUCCCAAGUGGCCAUCUCGGAGCUGAAGAAGAUAGCCACGCUGGGCUGCGGAGCCUUUGGCCGCGUGGACCUGGUGGCCUACAACCAACAGGCGUUGGCACUGAAGAUCAUCAAGAAAAUCGAGGUGGUCAAGCAAGAUCAAAUAGAGCACGUUUACAACGAGAAGAACGUCAUGAUUAAGUGCCGUCAAUCGCCCUUCAUAGUACAACUCUAUCGCACGUACCGCAAUGACAAGUACGUUUACUUCCUAAUGGAGGCGUGCAUGGGCGGUGAUGUAUGGACGGUGAUGUCAAAGCGCCAGUACUUCGAUGAGAAGACCGCCAAAUUUAUAGCGGGCUGUGUCGUGGAGGCCUUCGAUUACUUGCACUCGCACCACUUCAUUUACAGGGACUUGAAGCCCGAGAACCUGAUGCUGGGCACUGAUGGCUAUUGCAAACUGGUCGAUUUUGGAUUUGCCAAGUUUGUGCGGCACAAUGAGAAGACCAACACAUUUGCGGGUACACCGGAGUAUGUGGCUCCUGAGAUCAUCCUGGAUCGUGGACACGACCGAGCCGUCGACUAUUGGGCACUGGGCAUUCUCGUAUAUGAACUGCUGGUUGGCAAAACCCCCUUCAGGGGCGUUAAUCAGAUCAAGAUCUAUCAGCAAAUCCUCAGUGGCAUCGACGUCAUCCAUAUGCCAUCGCGCAUCCCCAAGUCCGCGCAGCACCUGGUGCGGCAUCUCUGCAAGCAACUUCCGGCGGAAAGACUGGGCUAUCAGCGGAAGGGAAUCGCCGAUAUCAAGCGGCACAGCUGGUUCGAAAGUCUCGACUGGCAGAGACUGAAACAGAAGCAAUUGCCGUCUCCCAUCAAAAGACCUUUGAAGAGUUGGACCGACUUGCAAUACUUUGGUCCUUCGGGUGUUGAGAACGACUAUGAGCCACCAGAGGAACUGAGCGGGUGGGAUCAAGAGUUUUAAAGCUUUAGAAGAAGCACAUUUUGUAAAGUUUCGGAUAUUAGUUAGUAGGAUAAGAAGUUAUGUUCCUAAUUGUUGGAACUGUACCCACGCAGCAGCCAUUACAACCUCGUUUUAAUUACUAGCUUCGAAAACACUUAAG